AUGAAAGCAACUGCUGCAGAAAUGGUAUACGGAGAGCCAUUAAGAUUGCCUGGAGAAUUUCUAUCUACAAGUACGGAUGACGGUGCAGACACAGCCGACUUUGUAGUGGAUCUAAGGCAACAAAUAAGAAGAAUUAGACCUAUCAACGCCAACCACCACGGAGAACGACCCAGCUUCGUGUUCAAGGAAUUGGAUACGUCAUCGUUCGUUUUCGUCCGACAUGAGGGCCCAAAAUUAGGACUGCAGAAACCCUACGACGGACCAUACGAAGUUUUGAGGAGAGAUCCAAAUCAUUUCACCAUCAAGAUCAAUGACAAGGAAACGACAGUGACAAUCAACCGAUUAAAACCAGCCUACAUAAUCGACAUCCUCGAAAAUAAAGAGCAUGAACAUCCAGUAGAAAACGAAGCCAAUGAUCAAGCAAUAUUCCCGGAAACAAGGAAAACCAGAUCCGCUAGGAAGGUACAUUUCCCAAAGAAGUACCUAACAAUGAUUUCGUAA